UAUAUAAAAAGUUCUUUUUUAGUAGUCUCUUUGCCAUUGAGAUCAUGAAGGCUAGUUUCAUUUGCAUUUUCUUGAUUUUCCUCCUCAUUGAUCCUUGUUCUUCUUCAGGGAAAAUGGAUUUAUUAAAGAUGGAUUCAGAAAUAUAUGAAAUUGAUUAUAGAGGUCCAGAAACUCAUUCUUAUAUUCCUCCACCAAAAGGAUCAAGGGGAAAACAUAAUUUUCAUCAUCAAAACAUGAUGUUAAAACAUCAUCGCAAAUUCAAAGGAUUGAAAGUUAGUAAACCUGAAGAAAUUAGUGGGAAGAAAAUUCAUGGAUGAAUUUAAAAGAAAUUUGAUGUGUUUGUUUUUGGAAAUUUGGAUGAACAAUCAAGAAGAGUGUUUCUGCAGUUUGGAGAUACAUAUUAAAUGAAUUAGAAUGUGAUUUAAUUUUAUUUUUUUCAUUUAUAAUAUAUCUCCCAAUAUUUUUGUAUAAAUGAGGCUUGUGA